GUUUAUCUCAGAAUGGUGUAAAUAAAGUGAUAUUUACAAUUUCAUUUGACGUCAAUAUCGAUCCGUAUAAAAAUAAAUGGGCCAAACAUUUUUGCAAGUUUUCGCAAUCAAAACUAUAUUUGAGUGUCCGAUAACGGUUGUUAAUAAGCCAAUGGAGUGUCUACGAUAAUAUAGGACGCCGAUAACAGCUCUCAAAGCGUUGAGUAUGGAGUAAAUUGAAAAUUAGUACGCCCCCUUUUCGUGUGAUAAAUUUAAUAUAUUAAACAGCAUCAUGGCGAGUGAGAGCAGCUCAGCGGUGCUGGAGCUGAACGAUGCUGAUGCCGAGGACACGGAGGCUACCACGGUGACAGACGACGCUCACGAGGGAGUGCCUCUUAUAAUGGAACAUGGAUAUGAUAUCGCUGUUAAGGUGGACGCCCCAAUGAAACAGUUGUCGACGCUAGAGACGUAUGUGACGUACAGGGUGCGCUGCGUGUGCGCACGGUGGCCCACUCCCACCUACGUGAGGAGGCGGUAUAACCAUUUCAAGGUGCUCCACCGCCGGCUGAGUACGUCGCACCCCCUGCUGGCCCCCCCUCCGCUCCCCCCACUCCACUCGGCGCGACAACAGCUCGACAGGUACUCGCCAUCCUUCGUCGCUCUACGGACGUGUGCGCUCAAUGCUUUUCUGGAACGAGUAGCGAAGCACCCGAUUCUGACACACAGUGAGGAUUUCAGAAUAUUUCUGACCACACCCGAUGAUGAAUUGGAAAAGGUAUUUAAGAGUGAAAACAGCGCGCUAAACCUUUGGGGGUUCAGCAGCGCCCUCUACGGCUCCGGGGAAGCGAAAACUACGAAUGGACCGAGAGUAAAGGACCCCGAAUUCACGUCAGCGGCGGACUACCUGCAGUCCCUCCAACAGAAACUAUCCACGCUGUGUUCCCUCACCACCAAGCUACACAAGAGCUCUGUCGCCCUCGGCACGGAGUACACGGCUAUGAAACGCGCUUGCGACGCUUGGACGUCUCAAAGCUCGGGUCUAACAGCGCGGGGCACGGCGGGCUGUGCGGCGGGGGCGGCCCGGGCCGGGGGCGCGGGCGCGGGGGCGGGGGCGCGGCCCCCACUACAGUCGAGAGCACUACUACCUCUACUAGCUGCCUACGCAGCCGCCCAUGUACAGAAGAUAUCGCAAAGAGAUCAGAUACAUGCUGCAUACGUUGCGGGGACCAAUACGACAGACGAUCUUCAUAAUAGGUUAGAACAAGCAUCAGAAGCUCUCCGUUCCGAACUAUCAGACUGGAUACCGAAAACCAGAUCGGAAAUCAAAGCCCUACUCCUGGAUUUAGCAGACAGACAAGUCAACCACUACACCCAGGCGGUGCACGGCUGGGAACAAGGGCUUAAGCUAGCAACAGAAACGAAUAUAGAUGAAAUAUUCAAAACUGUUUCAAAAACUGCCGUGCAAAACCUAUCUCCUUCGCGCUGUCUAUCUGAAAUGACACCGACAGAGACAGAAAGAGAUUUAGAUGACUACAGUGAAGAAUUUGAUCCAACCAGCCAUGAAGACUUUGAAAACCAUGUUUUAGAUGAUCCAAGUGAGAAGAUUGGAUCAGAGAAUCACAUCGAUGGUAAGUCUGAUUUCGAAAGUACUGUUAAUAAUAGUGAUGAUGUGUUGAAGGAGAUUUUGCAAGAUUCUAAGGUUGAUGAUGAACAGGUUUUGGAGACCAGGACUGAUGGUAUUUCUGAUCCCUUAAGAGAUUUCACGGAUGUUGAUCUUUCAUGAUUCUGUGAUUCUAUUUUGUAUAGUGUUAUCAAAGAGUUUUA